GUAGGGUGUUCUGUCGCAUUGAGACGCAAACAAGCACAGCAACUGCAACAUUGGAAUAUAUGGCAAUGUGAGAACCAAAUUGGUUGAAAAAGGUUACACGUUACAUUUGAUAACUGAACAAACUGGCACUGUUAACGAAAGACCGGGUGAUAAGCCAGUAGAUCAAGGAACCUCCUGUGCCUCAAAGCACAAGUCUUACCACCACAGUCAUGGCAACACUGUUAUGGACAACGAUGAUGGUGAUUCUUUCACAAAAGGAAAUUCUUGUAAAAGCGGACUGCUUUGAGAAUAUGAUCACUAACGUCACCUACACAGCCUCGUCAACUAAAACGAAUUACCCGCCAAGUGACGCCGUCAUAGAUAACGACGGGGCCUGGUGCACAGACGAGAUUCCUCCUAACCAGUACCUUGAUGUAAACCUCGGCCACCUCUAUGACGUAUGCGGUGUUAAAAUACAAGGCUAUGCCGAUGGCACUGUCAACUCUUAUCCUAGCAAAUAUAAACUGGCGUUCUCCAGCAAAGAAAACGUUUGGUCGGUUCCCACACAGGAAUUCGUUACUAAUUCCGCCGACGCAAAUGAUACUAUUCAAAAUCAGUUGGUGGAAACAAGAGCAGUAUCCAGCGUGCGAUUCCAGCCAACACAAGUAAAUGGAUCAUCGAUGUGUCUCAGAGUUGCAGUUUAUGGAACUCCAGCUUUUAACGUUUCCUGUGACGCGUUUUGGAUGAACGUCACCAUUUCUAAACAUACUCUGGGGUCAGAUUUACACGAGCUGUACAUAAACCAGCGGACUGAUGAGUGCACGCAUGCUAUCAAUCCUGACGAGGACGUCUCUCUUCAUUUAAAAACUGGCGCAUGCGGAAUGAGGGUAUCACAACGCGGCAAUUAUCUGCAUUACCAGAACACGGUGCACGGUGAAGCGGGAAGAAACGCGCAAGGAGUCAAGAUCACUUUCACCCACGACAUAUCAUUUGACGCUACCUGUAUCUAUGAGAGGAACGCAACUCUAAAAGCCGACAUCGAGACAAUUAAUAAUUUCAAACUACCAACUACAAGCAAAGAGUACGGAAGCUUGGAUUUUAAAAUGAGGGCAUUCCGUGACAGUGAUCAUUCUGAAAAACUCGUAUCGAACGCCGGGCCGUUGGCGAUUGGAAGCAUGUUGUACAUAGAGGUGGAGGUUCUUUCAGCUGACAAAGAUCUGCAGCUUCUGUUGGAGAGAUGUUGGGCGACAGCCUCGUCAGUUCCAACGGAUGUGAAUCAGCGUCAAUUUGUCCUAGACGGAUGUCCAGAUACUGACUCCGACAAUCGUACAGCACAUUCCUGCCAAAAAUCUUCGCUCCAAAAGUUUGAAUUCGCAGUGUUUCGUUUCAAAGUUAGUGACGUCGUUUUCGUGCAUUGUGACGUAGUUGUCUGCUUGGCUGGAGUCCAGAAUUCAAGUUGCUUCGAUAAAUGCGCAGCAUGCGAUGACAAAUCGGGGAGAAAGAGAAGAUCAAUUGAAGAUGAAAAUUACGAUAAAGGAUCCAUGCCUCAUCAUCUCAGGAUUGGCCCAUGGCAGAUUGAAGAGGAAGGCAAAGAUGCUUCUGCUGAUACGACCACCAAAGAUGAUUCCACUGAUUACAUGACAAUCGUACUGGCGGUCACCGGUUUCGUCGCCGUUGCUUUGCUUGUCGCAGUUACCGCCGUGAUUGUGAUACACAUGCGCAGGAUGGCCAGCCCCACAGAGCACUCUAAGAUCCUUCGACAAGGAUCACCCAGGAAGGAGAGAAAUAUUAGCAUGUGAAUGAGUUGACCAAGCUUGUAUUUGCUUGGAUCGAAUUUUAGUUUUGCAAAAUUGUAAAGAGCCUGUAUAACACAUAGAAAGAACCUUCUGCAGUUUUUCGCUUGUGUGUACUAAAGCGAGUUAAAAAAUUAUUUUAGGUCAACUGCUAAUUACUGCGAGCUCGCCAUGUUGGUCAGAGACGUUGCUGAGCAACAUGAGACAUGGGCUUGUGAACAUUUAAUUGGGUGAUGGCUCAAAGUUUAUUGUUCGAUUACUCACAGUUUCUUUGUAAUCUGAGUCCGAAAUGAAUCUGAAAUCUCUGUAAGGGAAGUGCCUGAUUGACUGAUAGAGAGGUUUAAUAGGUUUGACCUGUGCGAGGGAAACAUUUUGAAAAACUCGUGACCAUAUCAUCAGUUUUCAUUUCUAGUCGCUGACGAGUUUCAACAAGCCGUUCGUGGCAGCUGCAUUCAGAACUCUGAUUUUGUUCACUUUCAUGCAGGCCUUAGAUAAAUUGUGUCGGAAUAGAAGAGAAAAACCUCCGUCUCACUGUAAAUUAAAAUGUUUUUUCUUAAGUGUCGAUAAACUUAAGAGCUAAUGUCAGCAUGCAUCAAACAAACAGCGGCAAGUCACCCAAAUUUGUUUUCCCUCCUACUUUUAUAUUUUGUAGCCCAAUAUGUUCUAAUAAUUGUGGUGUAGUUUUUUUGUAAAAAUAUAUUUUAGUUUUCGAGAAAUAAUUUUUUUCGUUCGACCGCUCAAAUAUGCAAAUUUUCACCGUGAUUAUUACCCGAGUUAUGUGACCUCAUGUAUCGAAUGUACUAGACCUACGGUAUUUCUGUGAACAUAAUCCUUUGUUUUAUCAUCUAAACUUAAACCCCUGUUGUUAUUGAAGCUACCAAAGAAAUAUUUCUUUUUUGGUGAAUAUUUUUGUUCGACAUACUUUUCCUAUGUCGAAAAGUAGCAUCAAAACAAAGACAGUUUUAACAAUGACCGAUAAUCUACUGAGCUUCAAGCUUUUAACAGACCAAAGGAUGGUUAUAAAGUUACUAUAAAAAUUUCUUUGUGUAUUUGCGUUGUUCUAUCUUGAGACGAACUCAAAGUCCGGUAAAAUUUACUUGAUAGCGACUAUGAAAUGUACAUGGUGUGCCUACUUGUCGCCACCGUUAACUGGCAUAAAUCACUACAAUUUGCAAAAAAAUCUAACAUAACACUCUUAUCUUGUUUAUUUAUGAUUUU